AUGAUGUUGAGAUCAGCUCUCAGAGUCCCGCAGAGACCGUCGGCCCUGGUAGUCCCAGUGAGACUGUUCAACUCCCAGCAGCCAGUCUCGUUCUUCCAGCAGGAGAGACUGCCGGCAAAUACCGUUAUCCGUUUCGUACCACAGCAGACAGCAUGGGUGGUUGAGAGAAUGGGUAAGUUCCAUAGAAUAUUAGAGCCUGGUUUGGCCAUAUUGAUGCCGUUUCUCGAUAAGAUCCAGUACGUCCAGUCGCUGAAGGAAGCAGCCAUCGAGAUCCCCUCACAGAGCGCAAUCACGUCGGACAACGUGACGUUGGAGAUGGACGGUGUGCUGUACAUCAAGGUGAUCGACGCCUACAAGGCCUCGUAUGGCGUGGAGGAUGCUGAGUACGCCAUCAGCCAGUUGGCUCAGACCACAAUGCGUUCAGAGAUUGGCCAAUUGACCCUGGAUCACGUCUUGAAGGAAAGACAGAACCUGAACCACAACAUCACGAGUGCCUUGAACGAGGCUGCCAACGACUGGGGUAUCAAGUGUCUGCGUUACGAGAUUAAGGACAUACACCCACCUCAGAAUGUCCUGGAGGCGAUGCACAGACAGGUGAGUGCUGAACGUUCUAAGAGAGCAGAGAUCCUGGACUCUGAAGGUCACAGACAGAGUGCCAUCAACAUAGCUGAAGGUGAGAAGACCUCCAAGAUCUUGGCCUCGGAGGCUGUGAAGCUCCAGAGCAUCAACGAGGCCAAUGGUGAGUCUGAGGCCAUCUUGCUGAAGGCAAAGGCCACAGCUGAAGGUUUGAAGCACAUUGCUAGGGCCAUUGAAGAGACACCAGGUGGCAGAGAUGCUGUGGCUCUUCAAGUGGCUGAACAUUAUGUCGAAGCCUUUGGCAAGUUGGCAAAGGAGUCCAACACCGUGGUUGUGCCUGCUGGGCUAGGAGAUAUGGGCUCGUUGAUCGCCAGUGGACUGGGUAUCUAUUCAAAGGUUAACGAUACUCUCAACAGCAAGAAGCAAUGA